CUUCAAAAUCCUAAAUGUUCAGGUUUCUUGUGAAACAUUUUGUGAUUUGAAGUAAGUCUUGCUUCCUCGAUAAAUCUCAUACGUAGAUUUCGAAUUCUAAUUUGAGGUUAAGACGUAAGAUCCACGGGUUCAAGGAGGCUGAAGGUACUUAAUCGAAUAUCGGUUUCAUGAGAUACGACUGGAGUAUUUCUUAGUCAUAUACCGGUUUCAUGUGAAACGGCCUGAUGUCAUUACUGUCAGCUGUCAUGACUUACUAACCAAAACUUUUGAAAAUUUUGAUUCUGCCGAUGUAAAAAUUAGUACUGAUAAAGCAAUAAACUAUAAGAUAAUCUGUGCUUGAUUGCAAAAUGACGAAACUGCAAGAAUGGCUAUCGGGCUUGGGUAUCAUUUUCGCUAUUUGGAUAUAUUUACUAACAAGCAAAUCACUCAAUGAAUUUGUUCAAAAACACUACGAUUUGAUACUGUAUUCCCCCGUUAUAUGUGUAUUUAUUUUUGGGCUAUAUGCCUUAUCAGUGGUCUUGUACAGAGUUUAUAAUUUCAACGACUGCAAAGAAGCAGCUCAACAAUUGUCAGAAGAAAUUGUGGAGGCCAAGGAAAACUUAGCUAGUCUAGGUUUCAAGUUUAAGGAGAAUGCUAAAUGAUAAGGAUCAGGAAUGAGACUGAAAGUAUUGUUAAGCAUUUAUUUAUCUAAAUCUAGUAUAAUGUACAUAUAUUAUAGCCUGUUCAUUAAUAAACACAUUACAUUUUUAGUUACAAUGUUUUCUUUUGGAAAUUAGGC